ACCCAGCAAAGCAAGCAGCAUUUAUAUUCCUUAAUUAUUACUUUUAGGAAACAGAUGCACCUCUACGCUCUAUAGCUGCCUCUCCCUCUGCCGAAUCUUUCAUCUCUCAAACCCUAAUUCUGCGCUCUGCUUGUACAAAAUUCAGGAUGAUUCUCGAGGACGAUUAGGGAGCAUCGCCUUGCACACAACUGUUUAGCGUUUCAAAAAUUUCCGGGUGUCGAUUUCUCUUAUCCGAACUUUCGGUGGUGUCGUUUUGAUUGAAGAAUUUUUUUUAGGGCUUUUUGUUCUCGUCCGAAAUAUAUGUAAAUGGCCACUUUGGAUGAUAUUUUAGCGGCGAGCAAAGUUCUUGCAGAUAAUUCAUCUGGCAAUCAAAACGGUGACUCUGGUUCUAAGAUGGAAGAUAAUCGGAAUUGGGUUGGUGAUGUUAAAGAUAAUGAUGGUAAUGCUCCUGCUGCUGAUACAACUAAAAAAAUGGUUGAAGUGGAGACUGUUGUUGAAUCUAUAUUUGAUAGCAAUAGCUGCUUUGAUAAGACUGAGAAAGAUAAGGUAGUUGGAAAUUUGAACUGUGUGCCUACCUGUGGCACAAGUGAUGAUGGGAUCGAUGUUGAAGUAAGCGAUAAGAGGAAUGAAAAUACUGAAGUUGUGGGGGGUGAAAAUAUUGAAGAUGGGCAGGACACUCAGGAGGACAGUGGUCAAUGUAGAGAUAGUGAUGAUAACCAAUUGGAUGUAACUAAGAGAAAAUCUCUGAAUGCAGAUACGGAUGGAAGUGAAAAAGGACUGGUUAAUGGUGAGAAGUUGGGGGAUUUGGACCAUGGGUUUCAUGUGGGGGAUUUUGUUUGGGCUAAAAUCAAAUCUCAUCCAUGGUGGCCUGGGCGGGUCUAUGAUCCAAGAGAUGCCUCAGACUUUGCCAUGAAGCGCAGACAGGAUGGCCAUCUCCUUGUAGCCUUUUUUGGAGAUGGUUCUUGUUCUUGGUGCUUGCCUUCACAGCUUAGACCCUUCAUGGAGAAUUUUAAAGAAAUGUCUGUUGGUAGUAAUUCUAAGAGCUUUGUCAAUGCUGUACAGAGGGCAGUUAGUGAGAUUGGUAGAGUAGUAGAGUCCGAGAUGAUGUGUGGGUGUGUACCGUUGGCAAAAAGAGAUGGCCUUGCCAGGCCACUGGUGACAAAUGCUGGAAUCAAAACCGGAAUUCUUGCACCUGAAAUUGACGUUUCUCGACUUUCUUUGCCCAAAUAUGAGCCAGCGGAAGUACUUGAAAGAGUGAUGGAACUUGCAAGUACUGGUAAUGUUGAUGAUGUAUUUGAGCUUGCAGUUGUCAGAUUUUGGCUAUCUGCUUUCUAUCGAGCUGAUGGUGUGUAUCCUUUGCCCACAUACAGUGAGCCCUUCCUUAUUGAAGGCAUGGAAGACAAGAAUAAGACCGUGAGUGAAGUUAAUGAUGAUUUUAGUGUUCCGAUUGAAGUCCCUAUCCUUGGACCUCUGGAGGAUGACUGGUUGUCUAAUACUGCAAAGCCCCAGGCCUCAUCUGGUGAGAAGAUUUAUCAUAGAAGGAAACAGAAGAGUGUUGCUGAGCUUAUGGGGGGAAAUCCUAUUGGCAAAUCCAAAGGACAGGAGGAAACAACAGCCAAAGAACGAAAGGAUCUUGGGAAGUUCACAUCCUCCAAAAAGAAGAAGAAAAGUACUGAUGGAGAAGUAGGAGAUGGUCGCCCUCAGGAGGGUUCUUCAACAGGAAGGGUCGGUAGAAAGAGGAAGGCAGAGGCUUCUGAAUCUCUUAAACAUUCAUUAAAGAAAGUUUCAAAUACUGAGAACAGUGGCAGUGGGAAUGACGCAAGUAAAGGUACUUCAUCUGGAAAACCGAAGAAAAUUGAGGUUGUUGCUACGGAAAAUUCCUCUGGUGAAAGCAAGGAGGACACAGAAAUUGUGUCAACGCCAAGGGAAAGAAAGAAGAGCAAAUACUUGUGCCCUCCAUAUACUACUCCCAUUUGGAGGGUGGGAAAUCAAAGUUUUAAAAUGGAAGCAACACCUGAAAUGGCCGACAAUGUGGGAGAGCACACGACCGAGGCUUCUGCAGACCCUUUUGCCUCAGCAUCUGUUUCAAAGUUAGCCGACAAAAAAGUGACUGAAGGCCAUCAGGAAGGGCGUGAUGCAUCUGUUAAGGACAUUCCUGAGACAGCAGGGAACACAGAGAAAUUUAGUUUUGCUGCAUCUGAUGUUAAUAUGCCUGUUGAUAAAUUGGUAUCUGAUAUCCAAUCUGCUGCUCUCGACCCACUUUACUUGACCAAGGAGGAUUGUCUUGAUGAGGUUUGGUCGUUUGUUUCUGCACUAAGAAGCUCAAUCUACUUGCACGGAUCAAACUAUAAGUUACACCAGAAGUCCAAGACAGGUAGCAAGAGAAAAUCAGUAGCCUCACAACAAGGGAAACAAGAAAAGGAUGUUUCCCAUGAAAAAGUCAAGUCAGGUGAAAAGAGAAACCGUGAAGAGAAGAAGAAAGAUGGAAAGACGGGUCCAUCCAAAUCGAAAUCCAAGAAGACUACUGAGGUUUUGGAUGGAAAUGCUUCUUCAAGAUUGAAAUCCAAGAAACGUAGCAAGGGUUUGGAUGUAAAUGCUUUACCAUCCAAAUCGAAAUCCAAGAAGACCAGUGAGGUUUUGGAUGAAAACGCUUUAGCAUCCAAAUCAAAAUCAAAGAAGGCCAGUGAGGUUUUGGAUGAAAAUGUUUCACUAUCGAAAUUGAAGUCCAAGAAGGCUACUGAGGUUUUGGAUGAAAAUGCUUUAGCAUCCAAAUCAAAAUCGAAGAAGGCCAGUGAGGUUUUGGAUGAAAAUGCUUCACCAUCAAAGUCAAAGUCCAAGAAGGCUACUGAGGUUUUGGAUGAAAAUGCUUCACCAUCGAAAUCAAAGUCCAAGAAGUCUACUGAGGGUUUGGAUGGAAAUACUUCAUCCAAAUCGAAGUUCAAGAAGGCUGCUGAGGUUUUGGAUGGAAAUGCUUCACCAUCCAAAUCGAAGGCCAAGAAAGCUACUGUGAUUUUGGAUGGAAAUGCUUCCCCCUGUCUUCUUCUAAAAUUCGCACCAGAGUAUCCUUUGCCAUCGAAAGAGGAAAUCGUGAGCUUGUUUAGUAAGUACGGGAGCCUCAACAAAAGGGCAACUUGUGUGGCUACAGAUUCUCACUCUGUCCACGUUGUAUAUAAGAAUGCUACCGAUGCAGAGGCAGCUUUUAAGUCAUCUGUGAACGAGAGACCAUUCGGUGACAAGAAUGUUGUUGACUAUCAGUUACAGGAAUCUUCAGGUACCUCAAAGUCUCAUCCAAAACUGACUCCUCGUAAACGGGCUGCCGAGAAACCUGUCUAUCCCCACUCAACAUCGGAUGAUCUUUUGAGGGAUGUCCAAGUCAUCAGACAAAAACUCGAUAUCAUGACAGCUAUACUGGAAAAUUAUCAUUCCAAGUUUUCAGCUGAGGACAAAUCUGGCUUGAAGCAGGAGAUGAAAAAUCUUCUGGAGAAUGUUGAAACAGCAAGUGAGAAGAUUCGGGUCUUGGCCGAGAACUCCCCGGCUUGAGCUUGAUUGAGUGUGCGUUGCACAGGUAUUAACGACACCAUCUUUCUCUGUUCUGUUGCCUAUGUUGAUGAGGUCUAUGCUCUUUUUAUUUUUUUGUUGUUGUUGUUGUUGUUUUCUUAAUGAGGGAGGAACUUUUGUAUGAUAUAUGAUAUAAUGUGAUAUUAGCAGCACAAUCAGGCGUAAGUAAGUAUACUAUUACUAUUGGAUCAGACAUCCUUGUUUGUUUUGUUGUUUUAUGCUCCUAGUGGUUUGCUUUCUCAUUCGACUUAGCUUUUAAACCAGACAUGGAUAAUAAAAGUGAUGCCUUUUGUUGCCUUGCUUCUC